AUGAAGAAGAAAAAUGAGCAACAAGAGUUGCAACAUCAGCAGCAACAAGGAGGACUGCAAAAGCAUAUUCAAUGCAACAAAGGAAAAUCUUCCAAGUUCAAGAGAAGCACUUCCACUCUUCAAGAGGAUGGUGCUUCCUCUGCCAUUCUCUUGCUUGCUUGUUACAUGUCAACUGAGUUCUACAAUGGUGAAAGCAGCAGUACUGUUGAUGAAAUCAAUGGUCUUGAUCUCAGUCUUACAGCCAUGGCUUUCUAUCGCUACCCUCUUAUGUCCAUGUUGGAUUCCAAUCUGGUCCUUCCGUUAGAUGAUCAUGAAACCAGAGAUCAUAAGAGGCUCAAGAGAACCCCGAGUAUUCCUGACGAUAUUGGGAAUAAUUGUAAUAGUGAUAGCAGAGAUGGCGAAAUUAGUCGCAGCGGCAGCACCGGCAGUCUGAUUAGCCUGCGGAGGCUGCAAUUUAGGGAUCAUAUAUGGACGUAUACACAGAGAUAUUUAGCAGCGGAGGCAGCGGAGGAAGAAGCAGCAGCGGCCGCGGCAAUUGGUGCUAAUUCUGCUGAAGAAGAUGGGAGUGCUGAUGGUAUGAGACUUGUUCAGCUUCUGAUAGCUUGUGCCGAGGCUGUGGCUUGUCGCGACAAGUCACACGCCUCGGCACUACUAUCUGAACUACGAUCCAACGCGCUGGUCUUUGGCUCAUCGUUCCAGCGCGUCGCCUCUUGUUUCGUCCAAGGCCUAUCAGACCGUCUCUCGUUGGUUCAGCCGCUUGGAACGGUCGGUUUUGUUGCACCAACGAUGAACAUUAUGGACACUGCAUUUGAAAAAAGAGAAGAAGCCUUACGCCUUGUUUAUGAACUUUGUCCACAUAUUCAGUUUGGUCACUUUGUGGCCAAUUCAGCAAUAUUGGAAGCCUUUGAGGGAGAGAGUAACGUUCAUGUGGUAGACUUAGGCAUGAGCCUUGGUCUACCACAUGGACACCAGUGGCGGCAGCUGAUUCGCAGCCUCACUGACCGUCCUGGCCAACCACUUAAACGCCUAAGGAUCACCGCCGUUGGACUAUUCGUUGAAAAAUUCCAAAGCAUCGGAGAUGAGUUGGAGGAAUAUGCCAAAGAUUUGGGAUUAACUUUGGAGUUCUCCGCGGUGAAAAGCGACCUUGAAAAUCUUAGGCCUGAAGAUGUCAAAACGUUUGAUGGUGAGGUACUUGUUGUCAAUAGUAUUCUUCAACUUCACCGGGUUGUUAAGGAAAGCAGAGGAGCUUUAAAUUCUGUUUUGCAGAUCAUUCAUGAGCUUUCACCCAAAACCCUGGUUCUAGUUGAGCAGGAUUCAAGCCAUAAUGGACCAUUUUUCCUUGGGAGGUUCAUGGAAGCAUUGCACUAUUACGCUGCAAUCUUUGAUUCUCUUGAUGCAAUGCUGCCAAAAUAUGACACAAGGAGAGCUAAGAUGGAGCAAUUUUACUUUGCAGAAGAGAUCAAGAACAUUGUGAGCUGCGAAGGCCCGGGUAGAGUUGAGAGGCAUGAGAGGGUGGAUCAGUGGCGCAGGAGGAUGAGCCGUGCCGGGUUUCAGGUUGCACCGAUUAAGAUGGUGGCUCGGGCCAAAGAGUGGCUUGGGAAGAACAAUGUCUGUGAAGGGUACACUGUUGUGGAAGAGAAAGGUUGCUUGGUUCUGGGAUGGAAAUCGAAGCCGAUUAUCGCAAUCUCAUGCUGGAAAUGCUAG